UUCACUCUACUCUACUCUACUCUACUGUCUCUGCUUGUCGGUUCUCAUCUCUUCUCAAUCAUCACCCCAACCUCUCAAAAACCCUAAUUCCCCCCCUUCACUCCUGUGUAUUUCCGUUUAGAGGUCGAUCGCAGCUAGUGAUCGUAUUCUGAUCUGAUGCGUAGACAGUAACCGAGGUGCGAUCUCAGUGACUCCGGUUUGAUCGAUCAAUUCGUCUCAAAUCUUCGGCUAAUCAUGGAUCUGAGUGAUAAAGGAUCAGAGUUUGAGCAAACCAGUAGCCAAACACCUACUCCAGAUAGGGUUUCAUCCGACGGCUCCUAUGUAAAGUCGUGCGUCGAUUGCGGUACCUCCAAAACCCCCCUAUGGCGCGGCGGUCCAGCUGGACCCAAGUCGUUGUGCAACGCGUGUGGAAUUCGAAGCAGGAAGAGGAGAAGGGCAUUAAUGGGAGUUGUUGCGAAGGAAGAGAAGAAAGGCAAAAAAAAUGAAGCAAUUAGCAAUCAGAGCAGCAGCAACAACAACAGUUGUACCACCAGCAGUGGCGAUAGUACCCCAGGGAAAGUUGGGGAUUCGUUGUUGUGGGAUUUUGGCAGAGACGUAGCGUUGCAGAGGCCGAGAUCGAAUUCGAAUAGACGGAGGAAAAUUGGGGAGGAAGAGCAAGCGGCGUUUCUCUUGAUGGCUUUGUCGUGUGGAUCGGUCUAUGCUUAGGGAGUUGUACAUCUUGUUCUUCUUGUUGUACAACGUUUCCCUCUUUUUUGCCCCUUUUGUUCUAAUUUAACUGAGUAAAGGCCCAAAUUGAUCCUAACAUAUGAUCAUUUUACGAUUUUGCUCA